AUGACGAGGGGGAGGGAAAAGGGGGGAGUUGGCCGUGACCGGUUCGGUCUUCUAGCACAGGCAGUUAUGUCACGACUGAGGAGAGCUGUCAAUGUUUUGUUGGCAAGACGAAGAUACGAGCAAUUGGUAUACUCGAUGUUUGUGAAUACCUAUUACUUGGUGUUUGUCCAAUCCCUUGGGCGGCUCUCCUAUCCUUCUGCUUCAGAACCGAGAGGUCCUGAUCCCUUGUGGUUUCCUUCAACUACGUCGAUAUCACCGUUAUUGAUUGCGGUACGGGGCCCUUUGUUGAUCUCGGGGUCUAUUAUAGGUAGGACGAAGUCCAGUCCAGCAGACAAGAGAACAAACCUACUCUCACAGCUGCAAGUUACAACGCGGGGUCACAGUCGCAAAAAGCCUCUGCCAAUCUUGAGGAAGCAAUAUACCUGCGACCCAAAUCCUCCUACACUACAUACCUCUGCUAUAGAGGAUAGAUGGAAUUAUGUCAUAGCAAGGUACGGGCAGCAUGGUGAGCAGCAGCAGCAAGCACUCAGCAAGAAGCAAGAAGCAGCGGACGACGGAAGUGAGAUCGCCCUCGGCGAGAUCUUCCGGAAAAUCUUCACCCCAACCCCAAUUGCCCACUGCCAAUGA